GAUGAUUAUUGGCUGUGCAAUGCUGUGGUCAACAUCGGAAAAAUUACUUCUGAUAAGAAGAAUAUAUUUAAUAGCGAAGAAAUGAAAGGCCAGAUUGAGAAAUUCUUUGACAACAAUAUUGAAUUAAGAAACCUCAACAUAUCUGACCCCAUUUUUACAGAAAACUAUAAGAAAUCACAGGUGGAAUUAAUUUAUGCGAUUAAUGAUAAACCACCUUGGUAUUUGUGUAUACUACUGGCAUUUCAGCACUAUAUUUUGGCCUUUGGAGGAAUUAUUGCCAUUCCAUUGAUUCUAGCAGAGCCUUUAUGUGUGAAGCAUGACAACACAGUAAAGAGCCAGCUGAUGUGUACCAUAUUCUUUGUUUCUGGUACAUGUACAAUUCUUCAAACAACAUUUGGAACAAGAUUACCUAUUCUACAAGGAGGGACAUUCAGUUUAAUAACACCCACACUAGCGAUACUAUCUUUGCCUCAGUGGAAAUGUCAAGUUUCUGAAGUGUUCAUAUCCAAUGCAACUGGAAACUUUUCUAUUAAUAACACAGUAUCCUGGCAGUCUCGAAUGAGAGAAAUUCAAGGUGCCAUUAUUGUUGCCUCCUUUCUACAAGUGUUCUUGGGAUUUUCUGGACUAAUUGGGCUUUUAAUCAAAUUAAUCGGACCUCUGUCUAUCACACCAACCAUUACACUUAUAGGGCUCUCUUUGUUUGGCGAAGCAGGAAAGAAAUGUGGCACUCACUGGGGGAUAGCUGUAAUAACUGUCGCCUUAAUUGUAAUUUUCUCACAGUACAUGAGACAUAUAGAGGUUCCAUUGAUAUCAUACAGCAAUGGAAAAUGGAAGAUAAGCAAGUAUCCAGUUUUCAAGUUAUUUCCAGUGUUAUUGGGAAUGUGCUUAUCCUGGUUGAUCUGUUUCAUUUUAACACACUUUAAUGUGUUUCCAAGUAGCCCAGCAGGCUAUGGAUUUGCUGCCCGGACUGAUAUUAACAUUGAUGCAAUUGAAAAUUCUCCCUGGUUUCAUAUUCCAUACCCAGGUCAGUGGGGCUGGCCCACCAUAAGCCUUUCCUCUGUAUUGGGGAUGAUGUCAGGGAUACUUUCUUCUACUGUGGAAUCAAUUGGGGAUUAUUAUACAUGUGCAAAAUUAUCAGGUGCAUCAAACCCCCCAAUACAUGCUUUAAAUCGUGGUAUUGGAAUGGAAGGAAUAGGAUGUCUUUUAGCUGGUAUUUGGGGAACAGGAAAUGGAACUACCUCAUACAGCCAAAAUAUUGCAGCAUUAGGGAUUACAAAGGUUGGAAGCCGCUUAGUAAUGCAGACAGCAGGUAUCCUUUUAAUUAUAUUAGGUCUCUUUGGAAAAUUUGGAGCUAUCUUUAUAACGAUUCCAGAGCCAGUUAUUGGAGGGAUGUUCAUGGUGAUGUUUGGUAUGAUUGCAGCAGUGGGCAUUUCAAAUCUUCAGUAUGUGGAUUUAAACUCUUCACGGAAUCUCUUUGUGCUGGGAUUUUCUAUGUUUAGUGGUUUUGUUAUUCCAACGUGGCUAGAAAAUAACCCAGGUGCUAUAAGUACAGGGGUAAUGGAACUUGACCAAACCAUAACCGUGCUUCUUACGACUAAAAUGUUUGUUGCAGGAUUCUUAGGAUGUCUUCUUGAUAACACCAUUCCAGGUUCAGAUGAAGAAAGGGGAACUUCUGCUUGGCAUAAACAAAUACAUGCAGGGAAAACUAAUGGCGGUGUAGGACAAUCUUGUUAUGAUCUGCCUUUUGUCACAAAAUACCUAAGAAGGCUUUCAUGGACUCGAUACAUUCCAUUCUUGCCAACAUUUCAAAUGAAAAGGAAUUAACUACCUUCCUGCAACACUGUGUUUCAUAAGCUACAUGCUUAGAAUUUCAGUUUUACCAAAAGUACCAAAAGCAAGCAAAAUAUCAGGAGUCCUGCAACUCUGUUAAAGCGUGUUUUUGCUUACAUUAGGAAAUGCAGUAUGUUUCUAGCAUUUUAUUUCACACUACUUGUUUGUGUCUGUCCUAUUGAUUCCUAAUGCAAUGAAGGUAUUAUUAUGUAAUUGGGAUUUGAUUGACACAAAGUCAAAUAAAUCUGAAUAAUAUUGUGCCUGUUUAUAG